CAAUUUAUUAUCAACAAACAAUAUUGAAAUACACAUGGUUUAUGUUUUGUUAUUGGCUAUCCAGCAUUUUGCGAUCUAGAAAAAUUUUCAUCUUCAUAUGUAUUUAAUGCCGAGCAAUUAGAAAGAAUGAAUGACAAUGAAAAACGAAAUUAUUUACGGCUUAUUUAUGACCAAACACGAGUCACUAUGGGGGAUUUUGUUCAACGUAUUGUAUCGGUUGGAGUCAUAACAUCAUUAACUAUGGGAGAUGAUCACGUUGACACACAUACGGCACCAACACCGCCGGGGUUUAGUGGUGGUCCACUUGUGAAAUAUCAUACUUUCGAUCCGUCGCUAAAACAAAAGAAUGUUGAAUUUUUUUCUGGUGUUCAUCUCGGUGCUUCACAAAGAAGACGAUGCAAUUUUUGGUUGAAUACUACAAAACGAGGAUUCGCAGUAUAUUAUGCUAAAUCUAUUUUGUGUGAAGAAGAAUUACGUCCAUUUGUAAUUAAAUAUAAACAUUAUUUACUUCCGUUUUUGAAAUAUCAUGAAAAAAAUCUAUUUAGUAGUGAAUUGAAAAGCGAAAUAGCUUACAUUUAUAAGCAAAACCGGUAAGCGAUUAGUUUUCUUUGGUCUUAUCAGCUCAGUUAAAUCACCAGAAUCUGUUUUACAGUUCUCAGGAGUGCUCAACAAUUGUACCCAUAAAAUUUACAAAAGUAAGAUAUUUUAUUGAAAACUG